CUGCCCUCCAGCGACCAUCUUCUUCUCCAGCCUUCUGCCGCCUCUUGACUAGGCCAAUCACUCGCCGAGAAACAACCGCAGAUUGGCCUUGAGUCUGUCGCUGCUUUGUGCACCUGGUCCCUGCUGCUACCGCCGGACAGGGCAAAGCGCGCAAUCUUCACCAGGUCCAUCUGUCAUCAUCCAUUUGCUCAACUCUUUUGCCCGCUUCUGUCUUCGUACCUUUUCUCACACUUUCGGCCCAUCCGUCCUGGGACGCCUUCCACAAUCUUUCGCCUUCGUACUACAACCAUCGUCCUUGUUUGGUAGCGCAACUCGUCUUUGCGUUUUCGCUGCGGGGUAGCGGUGACCACGACUGCGGGAUUCGUCCGGAGGUAAGCCCGAUUCCCCCGUCAAGACCUCGUCGUCUGAUUUGACUCGGCUUCGCCUGGUACGUUUUGACUUCGAUGCAAUUGAUCCGUACGGCACAAAUUCUUUCCUGAUAUCAUUGCCGCCUUUACCCUUCAUCUCUCAGGCGCAGCAUGUCCGCAUGAGAGAAGUACUAACAUACGUCUGUCCCUCGUCCCUAGAAAGACUCUGCGCGCGCUCACAAGUUUUGCCACCAUCCGCAGCUACGCUCCACACAUCAUAUCUCACCUCCCGCCAUGACGGCUUCCAACGGCCAAUUCACGUCCUAUUUGGACUCAAAUCAACAGGAUCUGCUCACUGCUGCCCUUAACUCCAACAGCGCGCUGAGUUCCGGCGGCGUGAAUCAGCAAUUCGGCAACGAUGCGCUACAGACGUUCUUCGAUAGCAUGGACCCGUCGCUAUUUCUCAACACGAACAAUUUGGCCAUGCCGGAUUUCAACAACUUUGGCUCCAUUGAAGACAGCCCUUACCUGGAAAAUUUCGGUGACGAUGCCAACUUCGACUUUAACAAAGACGGUCGGAUGAUCGGCAAUCUUCCAGGUGAUGACGAUGAUGACGAUGAAGAUCACCUACACGACAAAAGAAAAAGUCCUGAAGGCGAAAAGGAAGACAAUGAAAAUGCCGGCAAACGACGAGAAGGCGAGGUCAAGGAAGCGAAGAAGCCUGGUCGCAAGCCACUCACAUCUGAGCCAACCAAUAAACGGAAAGCACAGAAUCGGGCUGCGCAACGGGCAUUUAGAGAGCGUAAAGAAAAGCAUCUCAGGGACUUGGAGACAAAAGUCGCAGACCUAGAGAAGGCCUCAGAAGCUGCCAAUCAUGAGAACGGUCUUCUUCGUGCGCAGGUAGAAAGAUUACAAAUUGAACUACGAGAAUACAGGAGGAGACUUUCUAUGAGCACUGGAUUGAUGAGUCGGUCACAACCCAUGGGCGGCAGCAUGUUCCUCCCAGGCUCUGUCAGCACAGUUUCAAACAGUAGCUUCCAAUUUGAGUUCCCUAAGUUUGGCAGCUUACCUGGAGGCAUAUUCGGAAACAGCACAUCUGGUACAAAGGACGCGAUCAACGGCAACAGCAAACCUUCAAAUGGUGUACUAGCUCGCAACGGAUCAAGUACAAGCAGUAUGAGCCCAAGAAGUCAGUUACCCGGGAGUGGAUCAUUGUCUUCAAGAAGCUCACCGCAAACCAAUGGUUCGACAACCUCCAAUGUCGAAGCUUCUGACCGAUCAAACAAGUCAGUAUCCAGCAUUUUUACUCCAGCUGCUUUCAAUGAUUCUUCGGCCCUGAGUUUCGAUAACUGGGUGACGACAACCACGAGCGCUGAACCCGAGAGUACAGCUAGCGUCCAGCAAAAUCCGUCGCGCAUUUUUCAGUUCAACAAUAGCAGCAAUAAUUCCACCGCAUCGCCCGGUUCUACUUCAUCCGCUUCUCAAUAUGGAGGAGCUGCAAACUCAUCUUGUGGUACAUCGCCCGAGCCUAGCCACAACUCUCCCAAGAAUAAUACGCUCGAUACAAUAUCCGAGUGUAAGACAGUUCAAACAUCAGAAGGUGAGAUUUCCUUCUGCGAAAAACUCAACAUGGCUUGUGGCAAUAUUCGCAACCCGAUACCGCGCAGCAAAUCACAGCAAUCUGACGGCAUCAAAUCAAUAGGUGCCAAUGUGCAACAAUCGACCGAAAAGACAUCUGCGACUAAAGACAGCGACUUCAAUUACUUCGCCGCGAUGGCGAAUCAGAAUGGAGGUGGAUUUGAUCCCCAGCUGUUUGAUACUUAUAGGGAGCCGCAAAAUGCCAUUGUGGGUGACGGUGAUUUUACUGGCGGUUUUUUCAAUGAUGCAAUGCCUGCAAGCGACUUCGCUGGCCCAUUUGACUGGGCGAACAUCACCGCUCCGACCGGCCUCACGCCAUUCCUGCCAAAGACGAAUCCGCUCGAGGUCGCUGAUGCAUUGCAAGCAGGCGGAGAUGACGAGGAAGUCGUCCCAGCCGAUGAGCCUGGCUCAUUGAUGACUUGCCACAAGAUCUGGGACAAGCUUCAAGAGCGACCUGACUUCAAGGAUGGUAGCCUUGAUAUAGACGGUUUGUGCUCGGAGCUUAGAGCGAAGGCACGCUGCUCCGAAAGUGGUGUAGUUAUUGACCAGAAGGAUGUUGAUAGCGCCCUUAAGCGCUUGUCUCCAUCUACUGCUGGCAGUGGCGCUGCUCCGCCGGCUUAAAUGAGCACACUCCUUUUUGACCAUUCUUUGCACACGCUAGGGCGUACGGUUACCAAUAAAUAGGCGAGAGCCUGAUCACGCACGGAUGGAAUGAACGCAUAGUAGCUACGGCUUCUGUCAUUAACGACGAACGCGAUGAACGCGAUUUCGAAUAAUGGAGUUGGUGGUUUGGCUGAAAUGAAAUCACUUUCAAUGUUGUGACAUCCUCACUCUAGAUACGGUGAGGAUUUGUAAAUAUCAAAUGAUAUGAUAAGAACUUUGAUGCUUACAUCAUGGAUUCGUUUUUAAUAUUGCUCUAUACAUUGCACGCUAACUAUUGCAACUCUGUCGUGCCAUAGAGGACUAGUUUUAGCAUUGCAAAUUCCAGCAGGGUAUGAAACGCUCACAUUCAUUACACUACAUGGCUUGUACGAUUAAAUCCUGCUCGUCGAUAC